ACACGUUACAAAGCCAAAACAAAGUUUUUUAAUUUUUUGUGAUUUUGUGAUUCAAUGCUCAAUUUUUUAAGUCAUAAUUGUCUAUGUUAAUAUAAACUAUGGCUUUUUCUAGUCAGUUACCAGAGAAUGCUGUUAAAUAUAAGUUAUUUCCUCUUUUGGAACGUAAAAGCAGCAAUAAAAGUUUUUCAAAUUCAACCAGUUGUGAGAUUGUAGCAGAGACAUAUAUAUCUAAGCUUAGUGGAUUUUUAGACCGUUAUAUUUGGCAAAAUGAGUCUUUUAAUCUACGAGUCGUUGAUUGUACAACUGAUUCUGAUCCUUAUUUGGAAGGUAUGACAUGUUUUGAAGAAAAUAUCGAUGAUGAGUGGUUUAUUGUAUAUCUUCUUUAUUUUUUGACUCAGAGUGACAAAGAUUUAGUUGUUCAAGUACAAGACAGUGAUGGUGAAUUUUUAUUAAUUGAAGCUGCUGAGUGUCUACCCAAGUGGAUUAAUCCUGAUACAAGUACCAAUAGAAUAUUUAUAUACAGAGGGGAACUUCAUAUUAUACCUAUGGCACAAAACCCUGGUCAAAUUACCCCAAUUCCCAGCGGUGUUCCCAGCAUAAGCAAUGCAGUGGCUGCUGUGCGUAGAUAUUCAUCAGUUACUCGAGCCUCAGAUUCGACUCAAGAAGCUAUACAACGAAGAAUUAAAGAAUAUCCCUUCAAAAUUGAUACAAAUAAACAUAGAGCUCAUUGUUACCUGCCUUGUUCUGUUGCUGGUAUUUUGAUGGAAGAUCCUAAGUUAAUUCCACAUGCAGUCAAGGCUUUUUACCUUAGGGAUCCUUUAGAUUUAAAGGCUUGUAGAGCAAUGAAGUUUUUUGCUCCUGAAACUAGAGUUAUGACAGAAGUAGUAUUCACACGAUGUCUCUAUGCACAGUUGUCAAGUCAGAUGUAUGAACCUGAUGUUAGAACUGGGUGGAACCUCCCUGGUGUAAAUAAUCCUUUACGAAAAGCACAUGAGCUUGGCAUGAAAUUGGCAUGUGGUUUUGAAAUACUUGCAUCAAAUGCUGAUAAAAUGAUGAAUGUAGAAGGGUCUGCAGAGCAUGACUUCUGCAAUGAUGUUAGAUGGAGAAGAUUUGCAUCAAAUUUGAAAGAAAGGGGAUACUUCCGGGGAGAAAUUGAAGGCUCACAAUUGUAUAAUAGACUUAUGCUUCAAGCCAAAGAUUUUUAUUUACUGUGUUUAAAAAAGGAUACAAAUGGAAAUGUUGAUCCUGGUGCCCGAAUUCGCAGCAUGCUGGAAACACUAAAUAUUAACUAUGAUGAAAUGAAAGCAGCAGAAAAAUUAUUAAAACCUCCUGAUUCGGAUAGCUGGAUGGAAAUUACACCGGAUGCAUUAGAUUCUAUGCUGGAACAAAUGUCUCACAAAAAUUAUGAAGCCAAUGUGGGCAAGGUUAUAACAGAUGGCUUAAAUUCAUUUGUAAAUCACAGAUCAGAUAUUGAAGGAGCUGAAAUUCCCUCAAACAAGCAGAAAAAUAAGAAGCAAAAAAUUAAUUUUGAUCCUGAUGCUUUUACAGAUGCUGUAAAUACUAUUUUAGAUUUUAGGGUACCUGAAUCAGAUGAUGAUGGAUCCAGUUCGUCAAUGAGUGGAUAUUCGGAUGAAGAAGAAGAUGAUGAUAUUGGUACUGGUGAAGAAAUUAACUGUAAAAAAGGUGCUGGAAGUAAAUAUAAAAAUAUUCAAGACAUGAAAAUUUACAUGGAACAGAUGGACCGUGAACUAGCUCAAACUGAUGUAGGCUUAAGUUUUGAUAGAGUAUCCCUCCAACCAUCUGAAUUAAAGGACUCAACUGACGGUAAUGUUGCGGACAUCAAUGAAGAAGAGGAGGACUUUAGACCUGUUGAUGUAGAUUUAACAGCUCUUAAGAACAUUUUGGAAUCUUAUUCAAGCCAGCAAGGAUUACCAGGUCCUGUUAGCAAUCUAUUUUCUUCAAUGGGUUUGCAGUUGCCUAACGAUCUGGAUUCUUAAUUUUUUUACUUUUCGUCAUAUGGCAUCCUCAUUCCUCUUUCUAGCUGUAUGUACUUAAAGUAUGGAUACAAGACUGACUUUUAUCAAAACUUGCUGUUAUUUUGAAAUCAUUUCAUCCAUUUGUUAUAAUAUUAUUUUAUAACUUUUUUUCUUGAGUUUGUAUUUGCCCAAUUUAUUUUAUUUGCAGUAUUUUUUACAAUUUCUUCAGUGUAUUUUCUCAUUCAUUUGUAUGGAUCAAUUUGUGUUGUUGAUACUAAAUAAUGGAGCUAUUGUUGACACACACGUUGUGUAGCUCCAUUCAAGUCGAUGGCAAUUUUAUCAUGCACAAUUUCUCUGUGGCAAACGAAAAGCAAUGAGUUUGCCUUUAAUCAACUAACAGCAUCUUCAUUUGUACAAGAUUGUCUAGAAGGAAAAUGCAAUGACUUUUUCCAUGCUGAACACUGCAUUUUCCCUGAUAUAUAGUCAAUUCGCGACAACUGGAAUGUAAAGGGACCGACGAUAAACUUUGACUUAUUGGAAGUUCGACUUGCCGCUAUUUUAGUUUUCAACAUUUUAAUGUUCAAAAGCAUAGAAUAUUUUAGUUAAUAUGUACAUAUAACAGAAAAAACUUAGAAACUUAAAAGUUUUUAAGCACAAUAUGCAUGAUUUCUCUGUGAAGAGUUCUAAAGACAAAGUCGUGUCUGGUCUUGAACUUCUCCAGCCAUUCAGCACUGGCGUGGAAAUUUUCUAUGUUCAGCAAUUUAUCAAAAUUCGUUGCUCUCUCACACAGAAAAGGCCCCCCACUUAUAAGAAUGGCAUGGUCUUGAUUUUGAUACUGCUAGAAACACUUGAAUUGAGCUGGUUCUACUUCAGGGAAGGUGCACAUCUUCAUUCGUUUCAAAUUCGGAUUCAUGGAUUUGUACCGCUUUUGAAAUUUUCCUUUUUAUUUAAUAUCCUUGACAGAGUAUUUGGAGAUAUUCCAUAUCUCAAUGCAGUAUCUUUAAUUUUUAUUGUUGGAUUCCUUCCAAAGUCAUAAAUAUGAUUUACUUUACUUCCUAAAUCCAAGGUUUUUAGCUUUUGCUCAGACAUCUUUCUCGGGAACGUAUUAGCAAAUGAUCAAGCUAAAGAAUGAAAGGGAAUGCAGUUUAACUUAGGUCAGCCUUUGAAUAAAGGUACAAUGAAUUGACUUGACUACUUGACAGCUUUAAAGCAGAUUCGUAGUCCAGCAACAUGUCUAAGUGUAAACAGUACAGUUCAACAAAAGAAAACAAGCUAUACUCAUUUCUGUACGUGUAACUCCUUUAUCGCACAUUGACUCAACAGGUGUUCUCCUUGCUUUAGAGGUCAGGAAUUGCAAGUGAAAGUGAAUGAAUUUUUCUCUCAUAGUCACAUGAAUUAAAAAUUUUGUCUUUUUUUUUUUUUUUUUUUUGUUCUUUUGAAAUUCAUCUUUGAAAAAACUUCGAGUUAAAGAAGUUAACUUUGAGAUAUUGAAAAUAUUAGCGUGGAAUGAAAGACAAAGGAAUCAAGACUUGAUUAAAACUUUGAGCUAUAGUAAUAUUCGAGUUGUCGGACUUCCAGUCAUCGCAAAUUGACUGUGUAUAUCCUUACCUUCAUGUACAGUUCACAAAAAGAAAAAAAAAAUGUAAUUGAAAGGACUAAGCAACUGACAUUAAACUUAGCUAAAUAGAAGUUUUGAUAGUAAAUUAUAAAAAAAAAUUAAAAACUUUAGAAGUUUCAUUUUUAAGAUGAAAAAGUUGU